AUGGGACAAGAGUUGCGUUUCGACAGCCAGACCGUUGUGGUCACUGGUGCAGGCGGAGGCCUGGGGAAAGCAUACGCCCUGUUCUUUGCAUCAAGAGGUGCCAACGUUGUCGUCAAUGACUUGGGCGGUUCUUUCAAGGGUGAAGGUGCAGACACAAAGGCUGCCGACGUGGUGGUCAAUGAGAUCAAGGCCGCCGGCGGGAAAGCCGUGGCCAACUAUGACAGUGUCGAAAACGGCGACAAGAUCAUCCAGACGGCUAUUGAUAACUUCGGCCGCAUCGAUGUCCUCAUCAACAACGCCGGCAUCCUGCGAGACGUCAGCUUCAAAAACAUCAAAGAUUCCGAUUGGGACUUGGUCAAUGCCGUUCAUAUCAAGGGUGCAUACAAGUGCGCAAGAGCUGCUUGGACACACUUCAGGAAACAAAAGUACGGUCGAGUCAUCAAUACUGCUUCUGCCGCAGGCUUGUUCGGCAGCUUCGGUCAAACCAACUACUCGGCUGCAAAACUCGCCCAGGUCGGCUUCACCGAGACCUUGGCCAAGGAAGGUGCCAAAUACAACAUCAUUGCCAAUGUCAUUGCACCCAUCGCCGCCAGCCGAAUGACCGCGACCGUCAUGCCACCCGACGUGCUCAACAACUUGAAGCCUGAAUGGGUUGUUCCCUUGGUUGCGGUCUUGGUCCACCCUUCCAAUACUCACGAAAGCGGCUCCAUUUUCGAGGUCGGCGGCGGCCACAUUGCAAAGUUGAGAUGGGAGCGUGCCAAAGGUCUUCUGCUCAAAGCCGAUGAGACCUAUACGCCUGGUGCCAUUCUGAAGAGAUGGGACGAAGUCAACGACUUCUCCGAGCCGGAGUAUCCCACUGGCCCUGCGGAUAUGGUCACUAAACUUGAAGAGUCGCUCAAGAUAGGGCGGAACGAUCCCGGUGAGGAGAUCAGGUUUGACGGAAAAGUGGUUUUGGUGACCGGCGGUGGUGCUGGUCUGGGCCGUGCAUACUCUCUGGCCUUUGCCAAACUCGGCGCUUCCGUGGUGGUUAACGAUCUUGUGAACCCCGACACAGUCGUGCAGGAGAUUCAAAAGCUUGGUGGCAAGGCGGUGGGCAACAAAGCUUCCGUUGAAGACGGAGAGGCCGUUGUCAAGACCGCUAUCGACACCUACGGGAGAAUUGAUAUCCUGAUCAACAACGCCGGCAUCCUCAGGGACAAGGCCUUCGCCAACAUGACCGAUGAGCAAUGGGAUAUCAUCUUGGCUGUCCAUCUCCGCGGUACCUACAAGGUGACCAAGGCCGCAUACCCCUACAUGGUGAAGCAGAAAUACGGCAGAAUCAUCAACACCACCAGCACUAGUGGCAUCUAUGGCAACUUUGGACAAGCCAACUAUGCCGCAGCAAAACUUGGCAUUCUUGGGUUCUCCCGAGCUCUGGCAUUGGAAGGCCGAAAGAACAACAUCUUCGUCAACACCAUCGCGCCAAACGCCGGGACCGCGCUCACCCGAACAAUCUUACCCGAGGAACUGGUGCAAGCAUUUAAGCCUGAAUACGUCGCCCCACUUGUCCUGCUGCUGUCCUCCGACAAGACCCCAGACCCCCCAACAGGUCUACUCUUCGAGGUCGGCAGUGGCUGGCAAGGCCGGACGAGAUGGCAGCGGUCAGGAGGGGUGGGAUUCCCCAUCGAUGUUCCCUUGACUCCUGAGCAUGUGGUCGAGAAAUGGGCCAAGGUCGUUGACUUCGAUGACGGCCGUGCGGAUCACCCUGAGUCUCCUCAAGACGGCCUCAAGGCCAUCAUGGCUAACAUGCAGAACAAGAGUACGGAGUCUUCCAGCUCAGGCGACGAGAAUGAUUACCUUGGGGCCAUUGAAAAGGCAAAGAAGGCCAAGGCUAAGGGUACCAGCUUCAGCUAUGAUGACAGGGACGUCAUCCUCUACAAUUUGUCCCUGAACGCACACAGGACGCAACUACCUCUGGUGUAUGAGAAUGACGACAACUUCCAAGUGCUGCCGACAUUUGGUGUCAUCCCAUACUUCAACGCCGAAUCUCCUUUCAGCUUUGACGAGAUUGUGCCAAAUUUCUCACCGAUGCUGUUGCUCCAUGGUGAACAGUACCUGGAAAUCCGAAAGUAUCCGAUCCCGACACAGGCGAAGACGGUCUCCUAUCCCAAGCUUAUUGAAGUUGUCGACAAGGGCAGCGCGGCGAUCGUUGCCACCGGUGUCACCACCAAGGAUGCAAACACCGGAGAAGAUCUGUUCUACAACGAAUCCACAGUUUUCAUCCGGGGAGCUGGCGGGUUCGGAGGACCGAAGAAGGGAUCCAAUCGUGGCAAUGCCACCGCGAUCUACCAGCCACCCAAGCGUGCCCCCGACGCCGUUGUCGAGGAAGCCACCUCGCCAGAUCAGGCCGCUUUAUACAGACUGAACGGUGACCGAAAUCCUCUGCACAUCGAUCCAGAGUUCAGCAAGGUCGGUGGGUUCAAGGAGCCCAUCCUCCACGGGCUAUGCUUCUUUGGCUUUAGUGGCAAGCACAUCGUUCAGACGUAUGGUUUGUUCAAGAGUAUCAAGGUCCGCUUUGCCGGCACUGUCCUCCCCGGACAGACCCUGGUCACCGAACUGUGGAAGGAGGGUAACAAGGUCAUCUUCCAGACCAAGGUGAAAGAGACUGGCAAGUUGGCCAUUGCUGGCGCGGGAGCAGAAUUGCUGGAAGGCCCCAAGCCGAAAUUGUAA